CUUUGAAUCCUGAGACAAAGAGACAUUGAAGGAAUCACUAGAGCCUGUGUGGACUGUCGGGCGAUAAAAACUGACGCUGCAGAUUCAUCAUGGAGCUUGUCCCAAAAACCAAGUACACACACUUUCGGAGUGAAUCGCUGAGCUCUAACGAUGAAACAAACUCCAAUCCGUCACCGUUCCCUCCGUCCAGUCCUGCGACCCCACUCACUCCAUCCCCUGGUUUACCCUCUUCUCUCUCCUCCUCAUCGCUCACCCCCAUCUUACCCCCCUCGUCUCCCCGGCGAGCCGAGAACAGCCCCACCACCCUCUGCUCCUUCUUCCCCAGGAUGGGAUCCCUGCGUCUCGGUGUCUCUACCAUCCUUCUCCCAGGACUCAAGGCCUCGAGCAGGCUGCAGCCGCCCCAAGCGCCUGUCGAGUCCUCUUGGGAUGACAGGGGCAGCUCUAGCUCCUCCUCUCCGCUGCUUCACCCUGUUCCCCCUCUAAUUGCUCCUUCUCCUCCUCCCCGACCUCCUCUGCAGGACAUGAACCGGCUGGGAGGGGCGUCCAGGAGGGCACGGGUGGAAGGAGGGCAACUGGGAGGAGAUGAGUGGACGCGCCACGGCUCCUUCGUCAACAAGCCCACCCGUGGCUGGCUGCACACUGACGGUGUGGUCAGCACCGCCGGUGUUUCUUACACUGUACGGUACAUGGGUUGCGUGGAAGUGCUACAGUCAAUGCGAGCCCUGGACUUCAACACUAGAACUCAGGUCACCAGGGAGGCAAUAUCUGUGGUGUGCGAGGCGGUACCUGGAGCCAAAGGAGCCCAACGCAGGAGAAAGCCUUCCUCUCGCAGCAUGACGUCCAUCCUGGGAAAGAGUAACCUGCAGUUUGCUGGCAUGACAAUCAGCCUCACCAUCUCGACCAGCAGCCUCAAUCUGCAGGCCCCCGACUGCAAACAGAUAAUCGCCAAUCAUCACAUGCAGUCCAUCUCCUUCGCCUCUGGAGGAGACCCAGAUACGGCUGAGUACGUAGCAUAUGUGGCCAAAGACCCAGUCAACCAGAGAGCAUGUCACAUCCUGGAGUGCUCAGAGGGUUUAGCCCAGGAAGUGAUCAGCACCAUCGGGCAGGCCUUCGAACUGCGUUUCAAGCAGUACCUAAAGAACCCACCCAAACUGGUCACACCCCACGACAGAAUGGCUCCAUUCGACGGCUCUGCCUGGGAGGAAGAAGACGAUGACGCCGCUCCGCCUGCUGAUGUCCCUUACUAUAAUAAUUUCCCUGGCAAACAGCCUCCCCCUGGUGGACUGGUUGACAUGAGGACCCGCCCAGGGGCAACGCUGCCUUAUGGACAGCCGGGACAGAACGACAUUCACAAGCAGCCUCUGCCGCCUCUACCAGUGGGUGCCAAAGAAGGAGGGAGGGAGCUGUUCGAUGACCCCUCGUACGUCAAUGUGGAUAAACCCCGCCCCCCAGCUGCAGCAAAUGGAAACGCUCACCGAGAUGCUUUUGACAUGAAGCCAUUUGAUGACGCCCUGGGGGUUUCCGGGCACGGUGGACCGAGCUCAGGGACAACAGCGCCCCCUCUGGUGCAGCAGUUGCAGUGUGAGGCCUGGUUCCACGGAAGCUUGAGUCGCAGGGAAGCGGAGAGGCUGCUGACCCGAGAUGGCGACUUUCUCGUGCGGGAGUCCGGGACCACGCCCGGACAGUACGUCCUCACAGGGCAGCAGGGGGGUCAGCCCAAACACCUGCUACUAGUCGACCCAGAAGGAGUGGUUCGUACUAAAGAUCAUCGGUUUGAAAGUGUGAGUCACCUGAUAAGCUACCACAUGGACAACAGACUCCCCAUCGUAUCAGCUGGCAGCGAAGUGUGUCUGCAACAGCCAGUGGAGCGCAGGGCCUGACGCUGCAACGACCAAUGAAAUACACCACCAAAUACACACGCACUCCUGCUGCAAUUCAGCACACAAUCAAAACAUCCACAUGCUAAUAACACACGCAGCGACACUGCAUUUAACAGACUCAAACAUACACAAGAGCACACAUCGCAAAGAAAACCAAAAAAGUACCCCAAAAAAAAUCGCCAUUUUCUCUGCAAAAACACUUACUUGCUGCUGUUGCCACAUGUUCCUAUCCUCUUUGAAAGCCAAACUGUGAUCUGCAGUCCUUCCUCCACCCCCGUCAGGCCAGCGCUCCACAACGGAGAAGCACUGCUGCAAUUUCUCAUCAGCCUACUGUGAACCAGGGAGAAGCCCUAUGCUUAUUUCAGAAAGGGGCCGAAAACAAAUGCAAUUUUUUUUAUUUAAGAAAAAGAAAAUCACAUCGUUCAAUUACGAAAAACAAAACAAAACACUUUACUAAAACGUGAAAUUGUGUACAAAGAAAUGAUGGAACUGAAGAGUGAAGAGACGACGUGACGUGGAAUAAGCUUGUGUUCUUUUCAUCUGGAGGAAACGAUCUCCCUCCUCAGACUGUCGCUGGAGCGUGUUUGGCAAAACCCAAACUGGAUGGCAACAGUU